CGACGGCUGAGUCUGAAACGCCGAAGACACGCCUCCAAAACACACCAUGGUCAAGCUCACCCCAGAGCUCCUGGCUCAAGCAGCUGCCGGCUUUAACCCCGUCAAAGAACGUCAGCUGGAUCUACGGGGCUACAAAAUACCUACUAUCGAAAACCUCGGUGUCACCAAGGAUCAGCACGACGCGAUCGAUUUGACGGACAAUUCCAUCGUUGUACUGGGUAAUCUCCCCCUACUGAAGCGACUACGGACUCUGCUUCUCGCAAACAACCGAAUCACGUCCAUCUCUCCCUCCGUUCAUCUAUCUGCUCCGAAUCUUACAACGCUGGUUCUCAAUGGGAACAAUAUUUCAGAGUUGGGUGACCUCGAACCAUUGAAAGAGUUGAGGGCAUUGCAGUAUCUGUCCUUACUUGGGAAUCCUGUGCGGGAGAAAAAAUGGUAUCGCGAGUGGCUUGCAUGGAGAAUACCGUCGCUGAGAGUUCUAGAUUUUCAGAGGAUUCGGGACAAGGAACGGCAGAAGGGCAAAUCACUGUUCCUCACACCUGAGGGCCAACUCACUGCCCUUGCAACCACGAUAUCAACGACCGUCUCCAAACACGGCACCAAAAUCGCUAUUACUAUUGACGAGCCCAAACCGACCAUGCCUUCCGGGAAGGCAGGUCGUUUGAUGACGAAGGAGGAAGCGGAGAGAGUCAAGCAGGCAAUUGCAAAAGCAACCUCCAUCGAGGAGAUCAGGAGGUUAGAAAGGAGUCUUAAGGAGGGUUAUAUGCCGGGAAUGGACUUGGUAGGCGCAUGAUGUGUUGUAAAGUGUAGUCUUUCCCUGAUGUGCAAGUACCUUGGGGCCUGGAAAUCAACCAGAGAACUGUAUUAUUCAUGCCA